CUCGUCCUCUUCGCACAUGUAGAAUUCCCAAAGGCUAUCGCGCACCGCAAUCUUCGUCCCUGAUUUACCUCCUGAUGCUUAGAUUGGUAUUUUCUGUUACAUCGUCUCGUCUGCAAGCCCAUUCAUCACGAGGCAGCCGCCAUGGAUCAAUCCAUAAUUCGCAUCUCCAAGGAGCUCAGCGACAUCCAAAAAGGCUCGGAUCUAGCCAUUGCAGUCGCUUGCCGUGAUGUCGAUGUCCGUAACGUGAGGGCGCUCGUCAUGGGCCCGCACGAGACUCCCUACGAAUUUGGCUUCUUUGAAUUUGCAAUACGAUUCAAUAAAGAGUACCCGUCAAAAUCACCCAGUGUUCAGUGCAUCACAACGAAUGGAGGGCGUUGCCGAUUCAAUCCCAACAUUUAUUCCAGUGGGAAAGUUUGUUUGUCAAUCUUGGGCACAUGGAGGGGAGAACGUGGCGAAGAGUGGUCAUCAGCACAGGGACUCGAGUCAAUCUUACUAUCAAUCCAGAGCUUAAUGUCGGCAAAUCCCUACGAAAACGAACCAGGUUUUGAAGAUGCAAAUUCACCGGCUGAUAAGCAAGCACAAAUGCAUUACGUCCAAAAGAUACGACAUGAAACUUUGAGGAUAUCUAUUAUUCAGCGUCUAGAGUCCUACUUGGGGCUACAAGCUAAUGGCAGCAGCGCGCCCUCUGACAGCCUGGACCCUAGCAGCUUUGAUUACGAAGACAUAGACGAAUCAAACGUCCCAUUUGAGCCGUUCAAAGAUCUAUGCAAACGCAAGUUUCUUUGGUAUUACGAUUCAUAUAUGGCUGCUGUGGCACAAGGCAAAUCCGAAGUGCAAGAUCUGCAGCCAUUUGUUAAAAUGCCGUUUGAGUCUCCCAACACCAACGCCAUGGAUGGCCGCUUCAACUAUACGGAGCUUGAACGCCGGCUUAGAGCAAUCAAAGCGGCGCUCGACGCAGAGACGCUUCGCUGGGCAGAAGAAGGCCGCACAUCCAAGGCAGGAGAGUCCACAGUUGCCGUCAAUUUGCAGCAUCAGUUUGACCAAGUGUCGGCUUACUUGAAACGCGGCGAUAUGCCCCACAGCGUCGUCCUUGAAAACGGCAAUCCUUUUGUCUGGUUAGUUACCUACUUUGGAAGGCCGAUGACGAAUCUCGACGGCGGGCUCUUUCGUAUCAAGAUGAGCUUCAGCACUCGGUUCCCUAAUGAACAGCCGCGUGUUAAAUUUGAGACCAAGAUAUUCCAUCACCAUAUUGCAGCCGAUGGAACAGCGUGUUACAGCCCUAACCCAAUGAAGAUUGAGGACGUCAAAUCUCAUAUUGAAGCCAUCUUUGAAACUCUAGAAGAAGAUGAGCCAGCCUAUGACCCGAGGAAGAUUGUCAAUCCUGAAGCGACCAAAAUGUUUUGGGGAAAUAAGCCAGACGACAAGAAGCAGUAUAACCGCCGUCUGCGGAGAUCAGUACAGCAGAGCAUGGAGGAUUUCCCCGAGUAACGGACGAGCUUUUCACUACUAUGAGGAUCAAGCGAAAUUUCAGCGUAAAGUUUUUCUUCUCUUUAUAUCAUGAUGCAUCUCACGUAAGGACUCGGCGGCGUUUAAACAAUCCCUUUCUCUUCUUUGUUUAUCAACUUUCACUGCUUACCUGGUUCCUUUUCUCUUUGUUCUUUCGGAUGGGCAACUGGGUAUUGUGGUGUGUUUGGCGACCAAGGGGCGUUUUUGACCUUCAUUCGAUACAUCUAGAUGGCAUGGAAGAGGGUGAAAUGAAGUGACCAAAUUGAUACUUGAGAUUUGUGGCGCGCGUUUUCGUGUUUGAAUGGCAAAAUGAUAACUCGUUAUGAUUUUAAGAACGCAAUGAUUGCUUCGCUAAAACAUUCAAGGAUUUGAAUGCGUGCCACUUUUGGAGUGCCAUAACCUUGACAAGGUCCGUAUGAAGAGAGUUCAUCCAGCAUCUUUGCGCCGCUCUACUACACAGUCUUUGAGGCCGUCAGUUUAAGGUUUAUAAAAAAAGCAGUUCUAAAUACAAAAAGAAUUUGGCCAGUCG